AUGGCUAGCACUACCUUUGUCAACGUAUCCGCAGUCAUUGAGCGCCAAUCGGUGAAGGUUGAUGGGCGUGGCGUCCUUAUACAAGAAGUGCAAUAUCAGGAAAUGCCUAUAGAUACCGAACAGGAAACCGAAAAGAUUCGUGCACUGGAGAGAGAGAAAGUGAACAUGGAAAACGAACGCUUUGCUAUAGAAGACGAAAUGUCAUCAUUGCGAAAGCGUAUUGAGGUUCUCGAUGGUGUUGCUGAACAGAUUGCAUCUAAGCCCUCCUCUACGUCCUGCACUUCAACUGAGCUGCCCAACAUGGCCAGAAGGCACACUGUCAUUGGCUCAACUGCUUUUCAACCUUCAAAUCAGGCAGUACCUUCCAUAGGUUUCCUAACUAAUGAUGAUGCACUCAGCAAUCUUGCGAAAUUUUUGUCUUACUAUGGAGAAACGGUGUCGAACAUGAAGACGAACUUAAGAAGUCGACAGCGUGAGUGGGACCAGUUUUCGGAGAAGAUUGAAGCUCUCGAAAGGCAAAUCGAUCAACUACGUUGUGGUUAUGAAUACGAUUCGGUUAGGAGGAAACAUGCCAUAAGAGGUAUUCUGUGCAAAUAUGAUGCAAUUGAGUAUAAAAUCAAUAUCCUGGAGCUGUUCGAGGGACAGGGCAGUGGUCGCAAGAUCCAUGAGCACCAUCUCUGCCAGGUUCUCCCGGUGGCCCAUCCUCACCAUUUCGUCCAGGCUCACCAUCAGGCCCGUUUUCUCCUUGUGGGCCAGGCGCACCGGCUCGCCCAGGAUUACCAGGCCUUCCUUCUGGUCCCG